UUUAACUGACUCACCGUUUGACGUGUGUAUUUCGGCCAUUGUGUAGCAGCCGAAUAAAAUUUUAUGCUGUGUAACUUAAAAACACGUUUGUGUGGAAGAUAUUAAUAAUGGUUUGCGGGGGCUUUAGCUGUUCUAAGAACGCCCUUAUUAUCUUGAAUGUUCUAUAUAUUAUAAUCUCUAUAAUCCUAAUAGGUGUGGCAGCAUACUCUCGUCUGGCAGCCAUUGUGGUGAGCCUAGGUUUGAUUGGUGGAAUCAUUGCAUGUGGAGUGUUCCUGUUUUUUAUUUCCUUAGUGGGAAUGAUAGGAGCUGUCAAACAUCAUCAAGUUCUUCUCUUCUUUUAUAUGAUUAUAUUGUUUUUAUUGUUCCUGCUGCAAUUUUCUCUCGGCUGUGCUUGUUUGGCUGUAAACAGAGAUCAGGAGAUCAGUUUAGUACGUAAUGGAUGGAAGGCAGCUGAUAUGACAUUCAAGGAUACCAUACAGAACAAAUUAAUUUGCUGUGGCUUUGAAGAUGUAAAUUUGAAUAAAACUGACCCACUUGGCCACCCAUCUUGUGAUGCUGUAUCUUGUUGUAUAGGCAAUGUAGACUCACCUUGUUGCAAUGCUGAAAUAAACAGCAAUGUGACAGAUAAAAAAUGUCCAUGUGCAACAUGUUUAGAAAAGUUUAAACCAAGGAUCCAUGACGCUUUUUCUAUCACUGGAGGCAUUGGCUUGUUUUUUAGUUUCACAGAAAUCAUUGGAGUCUGGGUUACGAUUCGGUAUCGUAAUCAGAAAGAUCCUAGAGCUAACCCAAGUUCUUUCCUCUAAUACUAACAGUAACAAUAGAUUUUAGGUGUAUGGUUGUCACUAAGAUACAGAAACCAAAAAGAUCCAGAAGCAAAUCCUAAUGCAUUUUUGUAACAAGAUGCAUGUGUUAAGUUAUUUGUAUAAAUUGAGUGUAUUGUAUGUCAUAUAGCCAGUGUGAUUACUUAUAGAGACAUCAGUUUGUUGAACAAUUUCAUCUAAAGCCAUUUUAUCAAUUGUUUGGCAUAGUCAUACAUGUACAGCUUCGGGACAUGUUAAUGUGACAUUUAAUAGUCAGCAAUAAACCAGUAAUGUUUAAGUCACAGUAAAAAUGUUUAAGUCAUAUAUAUACUGUAGUAUCUUUUUUGUCAGCAAUAACAGAUUUUUAUUAAGAUUUAAAUUAUGUACAAUGUUUUAAGUGUCACAUAGAUCGAUUGUAUAUAAUGUUUGAAGUGUCACACAAAUUUAAAAAUGAGUUAAAGACUUACAAAGAGAAAUCCCAACAGAGACAAAAUGCUUGGAAUAUAUACACUUGUUUAUCAUUUGUAAUUUCUACAUUAUUCAUUUGAUGAUCAUAUAUCAAUCUUUUGUCCAUUAAUUUUCUUGUAUUUGUUUUUUGAUAUGCCAACAUGAAUAGGUGGUUAAUUAUUGUUUAAUAUUCAUUGAAAAUUGAGCCGUGUCACGACAAAACCAACAUAGUACAUUUGCGACCAGCAUGGAUCCGCGCAGUCUGAUCAGGAUCCAUGCUGUUUGCUUACAGACCCUAUAACAAGUAAAGAAACUGAUAGCGAACAGCAUGGAUCCUGAUCAGACUGCGCGGAUGCGCAGGCUGGUCUGGAUCCAUGCUGGUCGCAAACCCAUUAUGUUGGUUUUGUCAUGACACGGCUCAAAUUAUUCUCUCUUUAUCUGAACAUUAUUAUGUGGUAGGGGUGUCACACUUAUCGUUUAAAUGGGUACGGUUGGUUUUUAGCUAAAAACCGGUUAGAAAAUUCAAUAACCGGUAACCGACGUUAGUAUUUGAAAAGUUUUAAAUUGAUACUAUCUAUUACCUUACUAUAGCAUAUUGUUUUUAUUAAUAAUGUAUAAAUAGCUUUGGUAUGAAUUUCACUAAUUGGUAAUUUGGUUUAAACAAAUUUUUCAUAAGAUAUAACAGGUCAGUAUCAAAGUAAAUUCAUUUUUUGUCUGAAAUAAAAUUGCCGAGUAUAUUUGAUGUUUUUAUCUUUGUGACAAAGUUAAACAAAACAACACAGCAUCUUCCUGUUUGUUCAAGACACAGAUUAUUCUCCUUAUUGUUACUGUAGAUAUAUCAGAUCAUAAAGUUUAACUUUUUUUCAAUUUUGUGUUCGUUUUAUUAUGUUAAACAGAUAUUUAUACAAGAAAAAUGUGCAAUAUCUUGUGCUGAAUUUGUGCCAAGAACAGAAUGUACCAAAAUAAAUUACAUUAUUUGUUUUGAUUUAGCAAACUUUUUUUCUCUCAUUAUCUUUCUUCAAAAAAUUUUAUUAAAAGAAUUUGAAAUUAUUUUGUGUGAUGUAAGUAAGUUAAUAUGAGCCGCGUCACGACAAAACCAACAUAGUGCGUUUGUGACCAGCAUGGAUCCAGACCAGCCUGCGCAUCCGCGCAGUCUGAUCAGGAUCCAUGCUGUUCGCUAUCAGUUUCUCUACUUGUAAUAGGGUUUGUAAGCGAACAGCAUGGAUCCUGAUCAGACUGCAUGGAUGCGCAGGCUGGUCUGGGUCCAUGCUGGUCGCAAACCCAUUAUGUUGGUUUUGUCAUGACGCGGCUCAAAUGAAUAUUUCUCUGACACAAAAACAACUUGUAUAUUGACUUGUUUAUCAUUGAUGAUUUUAUUUUAAUUGUUUAAACGUGUAGAUAAAAUGAAGCAACACUAUGUAAUACAUUGUUAUAAAUGAAGGGUAUAAGUUAAUACCAGUGUUGUAUGCUGUAAGUGAAAUGUUUGUUUCUACAAAAACUUUAAUUUCUAUAAAGUAGAUAGUAUAAAAUAUUUACUAGACAGUGUGAGGUAUAUGUAUUACAUAUCUUAUGUAUUAACACAGCAAAUAUUUAUCAUAUAAUAACUUAUUAUUUUGGGAAGACAAUAUUUUAGUACCAUCCAUGCUUUAAGAAACCCUCUACAUAUCUGUUUAAAACAUAAUUUUGGCAGUAAAACUAGAAACAAACAUUUCUUUCCUAUGUUAAAUUAUAAGCUCGCCUAAGUACUUAGUGCUCAUGUGAGGUUGAAGGAACAAUGGCUUUCUGUCUUAUGUUUGUUAGUAGAUCAUUUCAAAUGACAUCCUUUAAACAUUUUGGCUACUUUGAAACUUCCAUUUACAUAUGUCUAAAAUAAAUCUUCACUAAAAUUGCUUAAAAUGUACAAUUUUGACAUAUAAGUGAAAUAAAUGAACCAAAAAUAAAUGUUUAAAGUGAAUACUUCAAAAACUUAUCCUCUAUAACAACAUGGCCUAAAUCACAACUGUUUGGUCAGUUAAGCUAGAGGUAUUUAUCAACUUUCAACAAUUUAUGACAGAGUUGUUAAAAUGGGUUCUAGUCUAGAUAUAUCUUGAUAGUGAAUAGACUGAUAUGGUAAAAGUUUGUAUAAUAACAAAACCUUAAUGUAUAGUAUUUACAUAUAUUCUAUUAUAGUAUUUACAUAUAUUCUAUGGUAUAUGUAAGUGGACAUUUACCAAGUUUCUUCAAAUUAUGAAUUUGAAAAUUUGGUCAAACAGGCUUUUCUUAGUUUUUCAUUUUUGGCUCAUAGUCUUUAUUUAUGGACCAAUGACUUACAUAUUGUGUAUGAAUAUACUUUGCACAGACCGCUAUCUUGGGGAUGGGGUUCUAGGUCAUAGUCCCCAAUACUAAGAUAUUAUCCAAGGCAAAGAUAGUCACCAUUGUUAAGAUAUUCAUCACCAAACUUAAGAUAGUUGCCAUAUUUAAAAAUAGUCAAAAAGGCUAAGAUGGACCCAAAGGCUAAGAAAGUCACCAGGGUUAAGAUAAUCCAUAAUGCUGAGAUAGUCACUGAGGUUCAAGACAGUCACCAAUGCUAAGCUAGUCACAAAGGUUAAGAUGGUCCCUAAGGCUAAGAUAAUCACCCAAGGCUAAGAUAGUCCCCAAGAUUAAAGAUAGUCACCAAGGUUAAGGUCACUAAAGCUUUGAGAGAUUUUCGAGUUUUUUUUUUGUCAGAUUUAUAUUGACAUUCACCUCAGUGUUAUCAGAAAUGGUAGAUGUGAGCAAUAUGUGUCAUGUCCUGCCAUGAUGUCUUGUUAGUAACAAAAAAUGUUUGGGAAUUGUUGAAUAUAAAUGAGCCGCGUCUUGACAAAACCAACAUAAUGGGUUUGCGACCAGCAUGGAUCGCUAUCAGUUUCUCUACUUGUAAUAGGGUUUGUUAGCGAACAGCAUGGAUCCUGAUCAGACUGCGCGGAUGCGAAGGCUGGUCUGGAUCCAUGCUGGUCGCAAACCCAUUACGUUGGUUUUGCCAUGUUGCGGCUCAAAUUGUAACAUGUAUGGUGUUAGUUUUAUUGAAUUUCUUUGUUUUUUUCUGUUUACAUUUUUCAGUUUUUGGUUUACAUUUGUUAAGUAUUAUUUUGUAUAUAUUGUAUAAAACUACUGUUGGUGUUGUAGAUAUAUAGAUAUAUAUAAACUAGCUAUUUGUUUUUGUUUUUUUUGUUGCUUUAAAGUUAGUAGAAGCAUUAUUAUUGUAAGCAUUAUUGUAUGAAUGAUCUGAGUGACUGAAAGAAACAUUUGCUGGUAGAAAUGUAUUCUAUAAUGGGGGAACAUAAGUUGAUUAGUGAAGUUCUGUUGUAGGAUUAGUUGUUUCACUUUAAUAUAUCCUUUUAUUAUAUUCUUCUAAAUGAAAUAUUGAUGAAAUAGUUAUGAAAUAAAGUGUGUAUUUUUAUUUUCCAUAUUUUCACUGCAGUGAAACAUAUUUUCUGUAUUUUCACUGAUGUCUUGCCAAACUACUUUCUUCUAAAUUCAGCCAAUACACAAAAAUAAAAGAAAAUUCAUUCUAUUCAUAAGGUGAAAAAGGAGAAUUAGUAUAUGAUAAACUGAAUUUUUUUUUUCUUCUAUAAAUACAGGAUUUAUUUCCAUCUUGUGGUAUGAAAAUUAUCAUAUUUCACUUGUGGCUACUGCUACUCCUGAAAUAUUUAUUUUCAUACCACUCCAGGAAAAUAAAUCCUUUAUUUAUAGAAGUAACUUGAAUGUCCUCUACUUAUUUAUUUACUUCAAAAUUUGAUUCUUUUGUAGUACAUAUAAUCAGAUAAGGUAGAACAUAAAGACUUAUAUAAUUAUAUUACUUUUCAUAAUAAAAGCUAAAUAUUAUAGUAUCACUUGUGUGGUAUAUAAGAUAAUCAACUUCUUACAAGAGUAAAAAUAAGUUAAAAUAUUUUUUUCUAAAUAUUCUUCAUCUGUCAAUCAUAUUUUUACUUACAACAUAUUAUCUAUUUUCAGUUAGAUGUUUGUUUCAAUUUUGAAAUUUUUGUGUAUUUUAUAUUUGUAAUUUAGAUUAUGUUCAACUUAUAUCAACUUAUACAAACUGUAAAUCAGUCAUACAGUGAUUCUGAGUGUUCAUUGAACUUGCAUUUAUAUAUAUGAAUGUUUCUUAUUUUAAUGUAAAUUUGAUCAAGAAAUUCCAUGACUAACAUUGUCCAAUCAGCAAUUUGCUAUAUUUGCAGCUUUUACUAGAUGUAAAGCUUUGGGAAAGGGAUUUUAUUGAUACCCUUUCUUGUUGUAUAGUGAAUCACGUUAUAUAUGAGAUAUUUUAUUCAGAGUUUAAUCGUGCACUCACUAUCUUCAAUUUUUAUCAUCUAUAGAUUUUCUUUUAACUGUUUGUUCAAUAGAAGUAUAAAAAUGUCAAGUUGUAUUGAAAUGGUUGUGGUAAGUUUACGUAUAUUAUAAGAAGUAGGGAAAUUUGUACAUUUAUGAUAUACAUGUAUAUAUGAUAGAUUAACUGGCAAGUUUUUUGUGUGUAUCUUAUAUUGUAAUAGACACCUCUCUCUGUCUGUCUGUCUGUCUGUCUGUCUGUCAUUGAUUUUUUUUAGUCUUUCGCUAUAUCACUGUUAAUGUAUGCUUGUUAAAGAAUCAGUCAGAAUUCCUUCCUUAUUGGAACUUUCAUGGAAUAGUCUAUAUAACCUCAUUUUAUUAUAUGACUCUCUUACAGGUCUUUUCAACAAUAAAUUUUUGUGUAAUAUAAAAGCUAAUAAGACCUAUUGAUAAUCUUGACAAAAGGCAAUGGUUCUCCAGAAAAAAAUUAACACUAUAACAUUAUUUCAAGUGUCAUUAAAUCAUAGCAUAUACGGGGUUGUAUUUACAUGUUUAAUAUUUCUAAGCUUUCAUUUGUUUCCUCUAAAUAUUUGGUUAUGUUAAUGCACUUUUAUAAAAUAAUCAUUCCAAAUAAAUUCUCAUGAAGCAACAA